UCGUAGGUCAAUUAGGUAAAAGCGAGGGGAGAACGGGCUUCCUCUCCAAUGAACGGGGAGAGGGGCUGCCCUUGCUAACUACCCGCAAGAGCUCGAGGGGGCGCCAAUGAGCACAGCAGGAGGCGGGAGCCGCGUUUGAAUCUUUGGCGGAAGGCGGGAUGGCCGUAAGAAAGCAACUGCGGCUUCUGUUUGAGGAGCCGCGGGUGGGCGGCGCAAUCACCGUAGAGCGGGCGGGACCCAGGACCGGGCCGAGCUGCCGAGCCCAGGGAAGCGCAGUGAAACCAGAGCCCCGCGGCGAGCGGGUCCCGGGCGCUCGAGGACUCAGGCUGGAGGACUGCGUUGUGUAUCAGUGCCAGCGCUGCCGGGCCGUAUUAGGAGACUCGCUCCACUUGUGCACGCAGGAGGAGAAGCUCCGCCUUCUGGUUUGUUUCAGGGUCACAAAAAAUGUUGUUGUGGAAGACAACUUGAUGGUCUGUGUUGAGGGAGACCUCAUUGGUUGCACCUACAACACAUUGUAUUGUCAGUCCUGUGAACUACGUAUUGGCUUUGUCCUCUAUAGUUCAAAAUCACUGGCUUACCUACGAGGCUUCUUCUGCCUUUUUAAGGACACCAUCACGUGUUACUUGCUACAAACUAAAACCACAGUAGAAGCUUCAAAGGUAACCUGUCCUCUGGUGAGCCUGAAGGAACGUGUACAGAGAUUAAAAGAGAGUCUUGUACUAGCUCACAUGCACGUGGAAUUGCUAAUUAAGAAACUAGAAGAAUUCAGUCAACAAAGGACCGUAUCUGAGAAGCAGAGCUGUAAGGGAAGAUCAUGUGGAUAUACAAGGAGAAAGCUGAACAGUUAACUUUUUAGAAUUGCCUGUCUCAACUAAUUGUUUUCACAAUUACUUGUGUUUGUAAUUGAACAUGGCAAUUAAUAUGGCCUUAGACUGGCAGGUUGAUGAUACAAAAUGGUUUCCUUUUCUAGCAUGCUCGAAUGCACAUAAUGUUUGAACAUGAACAGCUAUCCCAAAUCAUUUUAACUCUUACAUAUAAGUAUUUCUACUAUACUUUCACAAAAACCUUAAAACAUUGCAUUGCUGUUCUAAGAUUGCAUUGUAAACAGAUUGGAAACUGGAUAAUCUAUCUGAAAGAAAUAAACAUUUACUUUGUACAUUUCUUUGGAAGUCACCUUGCCUGUUUUUUACAUUUGAGAAAGAUGUGUUGCCUCAGGACUCAGCUGUAAACUGUGUUCAGUAACAUUAAAAUUGGUCAAAAAAUGAAACG